AGGAUCAGGAAAACUAGAAGCAGCGCCGUGUUCUCUAAAAAGGAGAAUGCAUUGUCCCACCACCUAUGCAAUCUGGAUUCCUCUUCCCCUCUCUUCAUGGAUGGGGGAAGUCUGUCCCAGGACCACAUGACGGCCCCGCCUCUUCCUGAAAAAUGGGCACGUGAUGACGGAAGUGGGUGGGGAUAAUAUGGAGGAGUUUCCGGCGUGGCCCGGCUGCUGAAAGCCGGGGCUGAAGUGCUGGUCCGGAACUGGGUUCCUGGCCGGGUCCCGCCGAGGCGGCGACUACGGUAGGAGGAAGACGGUGUUGGAUGCACUGGCCCUUCGUCGCUAUACACUGCAGCCGUAUCUCAGCUCAAAAUGAACUAUAUGCCCGGCACCGCCAGCCUCAUCGAGGACAUCGACAAAAAGCACUUGGUACUGCUUCGAGAUGGAAGGACACUUAUAGGCUUUUUGAGGAGCAUUGAUCAAUUUGCUAAUUUAGUGCUACAUCAGACUGUGGAGCGUAUUCAUGUGGGCAGAAAAUAUGGUGAUAUUCCUCGAGGGAUUUUUGUGGUCAGAGGAGAAAAUGUGGUCCUACUAGGAGAAAUAGACCUGGAAAAGGAGAGUGACACACCCCUGCAGCAAGUGUCUAUUGAAGAAAUCCUAGAAGAACAAAGAGUAGAACAGCAGACCAAACUGGAAGCCGAGAAGCUGAAAGUUCAGGCUCUCAAAGAUCGAGGUCUCUCCAUUCCUCGAGCAGAUACUCUUGAUGAAUAUUAACUCUUGCUCACAGGCUAUUGCUCUUGGGGAACAGGGGCUGUCACCGAAUGAAAGUGAUAUUCUGGUCACCUCACACAUUUGACUAGAGACGAGUAUUUUGAAGUCAUUUUUUUUUUUUUUUUUUUUUGCAUUCUUUCACAUGUGCAACAUGAAGAAAUCACGUGGCUUUUUGUUCCUUUUUAAAAUGAAAUCAUUGUUUAAAGAAACAGCUGGAUGGACUCCCUUCACACAUUAGUAUGGAGCCAGCAACUACUGCUCUGUAUUGCUCUUCUCAUCCCAAAUUAGAGUUUACAGAGGAAAGUCUUCAUUUGUUUGUAAAUAAAAUAUGAAUCUCAAAA